AUGAUAUCCAGAUCUCAUGGGUCUCUACAGCAGGGGAGCAAAUCGGACAGACGUGCUGAAUCAGAUCCAGACGACCUCGCCUCGCGAAUUCACUCACAACUCGCGAGGCCAGUUGUUGGUGCUGAGCGAAGUCGACACUUCGGCUCCGAACGCCAAUGCCUCCACUGCUCAAGGCUGUGCAACUCGCUCUUCGCGACCACCACGCUCUCAGUAACCUGGACGGGGUGCAAACAAUCGUCACGAGUUUCCUCGGCCCUCCCCCCUUCCUGUCACUUAGUGCCGCCUGCAAGCCUGGAUUGGAUCUGGGAAUCUAGUUGCACUUCGGCUGUGGCCAGAGCGUCCAAGUGGACGAUCCACAGUUACUGGAGAGCGGACAGGUACUACCACCGCUAUCAGUUCAGCCAGGCACUGUACCAGGCUGCAGAAUCAGGAAACGCGGCCAUUGUGGAAUGGCUGUUCAACCACUUCUCGGGCUGUAUCGCCCCAGCUGAAGUGAUGGGAGUCGCUGCUCGUAGCGGUCGCCGUGAAAUCCUCGAGAUGCGGUGGAGAAACGAUGCUGGACGGGGUGGCAAAUACUUCAAGAAGGCGAUGAGCUCAGAAGUUGAUACCACAUUCUACGAGUGGAUGCGAGAGAGACCCGCCAAGGGAAACGCGGUGACGUGGGGAGGGAGAUCAAUCUGGAAUGCCAUGAAGGGAGGACACGAUGAAUUAGCAAAGUGGCUGUACUCGCACGGUCCAUAUCAGUUUGGGGAUGAUGAAGUGAGGCGUAAAAGAAACAAGAAAAACAAAAAUUCAAAUAUAUUUGAUCAAGAUUACUUUAAGUGCUAA